UAUUGUCUCAGAUCUGUGGUGUGUUACUCCCAGCUCAUCAGCAAACAACUCCUUUACAGCAGCUGCGAUAAUGGCUGAACAUAUCCCCACUAUGCAGGCAUCUUACAAGGCGCUUGUAAAAGGCAUUACGUCUUUAGAUUUUGGCAAUAAAACACCUUGUAUCCUGUACCUUACAACUGAGAAAGCGUUUCCACUGCUUGUCGAUUCUGCUGGGGAAACUCUCAUUGCAGCCUCACGGUUUGGUCAAGGGAAAGUGGUCAUUUUACCCAAUAAAGAAUAUCUCACCAUGCCCUCAUUUCUCCCAUUCUUACAAAAUGCUGUGACCUGGUUAAAGCCCCCCAGUGUCCCUGAGGUUGGGGUGCAGUCAUCAUUUGCCUCUUUGGCUAAGUUCCUCACCAGUAAGGCUCACAAAGUUCAGACUAGCGACACAUUUAACAAGUCAUAUGGAGUUUACUGUACACAUGCUGAUGACAAAUCCCAGGAGCUUGUAGCUUUUAUUAAGAAUGGUGGAGGGCUUCUUAUCGCAGGACAACCAGAUCCCACCGCUGCCACCAAUGAUGCUGAUGUCUUUGAAGCCUAUUCUGGGAAUAAAAUAACAGGAGUCACUGGAAUUCAAUUCUCCAAAUUACAGUCUAAGGCUGGAGUUUAUCCAUUCACAGAAAAUAUCCCAUUAUAUAUACUGAAAGUAAAUGAGACCAUAAUUGCUCCUCACAUGAAUUCUCUUCGCAAGGAUGCUUAUAAUUCAGAAGUGAAAUCAACUGCUAAUUCAUCUCCGCUUUUUGUUUAUGGUUCCCAUUCCUUCCCUCUUUUUCAAACUAAGGAUGGUGGCAACUUUGUUGCAGGAGCUAUGUACGGAAGGGGACGAGUGCUGGUCAUUAGUCAUAAGGACCUACUUACUUUUCCAGAAUUCAAAUCAUUUCCUGAAAAAGCCCUUGAUUGGCUUGAUGGUGGUAGGAAAGGCAAGGUGGGUUUCACAGAUAAUAUGUCUCAUUUACGUGACAUUAACAUCAAUCUUAGUAAAGUUGAGAAACCCAUCAAGAUCCCAAACCUGGACCCAUCUCUCAGUGUAAUAUGCUGUGACGCAUACACUGAGCAGGACACUGACAAGAUUCUGGAGUUUGUGGCAGAAGGUGGUGGCCUACUUGUUAAUGGACAUGCCUGGACCUGGAUUGUUAACAACACUAAGAAGAAUCCAUUAACUGAUCUUCCUGCUAACAAGAUACUUUGGAAUAUGGGUAUCAUUAUUCCAGGUGGCAGCGUAAAAGUUAGUGACUAUGAACCAAUGAAUUCUAAAGACUUCUCCUCAUAUUACAAUUUCCUGAGUAUUCUUAAGCUACUUGAACGUUUUACUAAAAAAGAAGACACUAAGAUAUUUAAUUCGACCCACGUCUCCUGGUAUCCUAUCAUCAGCCUAGAUUUUAAUUCACUUUUGAAGAUGUCACAGGAGAAUAACCUGCAGAUUAGGUGUAUAUUUGACUUAAUAAACAAAAUAUUCUCAAAUCUUGAUGUUCCAAAUCUGCCAAUUAAUAUAAACAACAAGAAUGCCUGUUUAUUGCAUCUGCAAACCCUCUAUUACAAUCAGUAUGCCACAGAGGAGGAGAGUAAACCAGAAUGGAUGAAGAUAACCCCCAUCCCACCAAACAGCCCUGUGGAAAAUGUACUUAUAGAUGGUAACAACAAAGGUAAGUGUGAUUGGGUGUGA